CUCCAGGCGCACGGCACCCACCGCCCAGUCGCCGCAGUGGCUGCUGGGAUGCGCUGCAGCGAAUGGUCGCGCCGGGCGCCGCUCUGAGCGACCUUUCACCGCGCCCAGCGGUCCCUGGCGGCGGCACAAGGCGGAAGCCAUGGCGGAGGCGGUGGCUGCAGCCGGCGGGAUGAGCGCGGGCUCCGACUGUGACGCAGACCGGGACCGGGAUCCAGACCGGGACCGCGCCACGCGGAGGCUGCGGGUUCUCUCGGGCCAUCUGCUGGGCCGGCCUCAAGAGGCUCUGAGUACCAAUGAGUGCAAAGCGCGGAGAGCACCGUCGGCUGCCACAGCGGCGCCCACGGCCACUCCCGCCGCACAGGAGUCGGGCACCAUCCCCAAGAAGCGGCAAGAAGUUAUGAAAUGGAAUGGAUGGGGAUAUAAUGAUUCCAAGUUCUUCUUCAAUAAGAAAGGUCAAGUUGAAUUGACCGGGAAAAGGUACCCUCUUAGUGGCAUGAUUUUACCAUCUUUUAAAGAAUGGAUUCAAAAUACUCUUGGAGUAAGUCUGGAGCAUAAAACUACCUCUAAAGCAUCCUUAAAUCCUAGUGAUACACCUCCUUCUAUUGUAAAUGAAGAUUUUCUUCAUGAGCUUAAAGAAACUAAUAUUUCAUAUUCACAAGAAGCAGAUGAUCGAGUAUUUAGAGCUCAUGGUCACUGUCUUCAUGAGAUAUUUUUGCUCAGGGAAGGGAUAUUUCAGCGAAUUCCUGAUAUAGUUUUAUGGCCAACAUGUCAUGAUGAUGUAGUUAAGAUUGUGAAUCUAGCAUGCAAAUAUAACCUUUGUAUCAUACCAAUUGGUGGAGGAACAAGUGUCUCAUAUGGGCUGAUGUGUCCUGCAGAUGAGACAAGAACAAUUAUUUCUUUGGACACUUCACAAAUGAAUCGAAUCCUCUGGGUUGAUGAGAACAAUCUGACAGCUCAUGUAGAGGCUGGCAUAACAGGACAAGAGUUGGAAAGACAGCUUAAAGAAAGUGGUUAUUGUACAGGUCAUGAACCAGAUUCUCUGGAAUUCAGCACUGUGGGAGGAUGGGUAUCUACUCGGGCAUCAGGCAUGAAGAAGAAUAUCUAUGGCAAUAUCGAAGACCUGGUGGUUCAUAUAAAAAUGGUAACACCUAGAGGUAUAAUAGAAAAAAGCUGUCAAGGACCUCGUAUGUCAACAGGCCCUGAUAUUCAUCACUUCAUCAUGGGAUCUGAAGGAACUCUUGGUGUGAUAACAGAAGCUACAAUAAAAAUCAGACCAGUCCCUGAAUACCAAAAGUAUGGCUCAGUAGCUUUCCCUAAUUUUGAACAAGGAGUAGCCUGUUUAAGAGAAAUUGCAAAACAGAGAUGUGCUCCUGCAUCUAUUCGCCUCAUGGACAACCAGCAGUUUCAGUUUGGUCAUGCACUUAAACCUCAGGUUUCCUCUAUUUUCACAUCAUUUUUGGAUGGUUUAAAAAAGUUUUAUAUUACAAAGUUUAAAGGAUUUGAUCCAAAUCAGCUAAGUGUCGCUACAUUAUUGUUUGAGGGGGACCGUGAGAAAGUUCUUCAACAUGAAAAACAAGUAUAUGACAUUGCUGCAAAAUUUGGUGGAUUGGCAGCUGGAGAAGAUAAUGGACAGAGAGGUUAUUUGCUGACCUAUGUCAUUGCAUAUAUUCGAGACUUGGGUUUGGAAUUCUAUGUAUUAGGAGAAUCUUUUGAGACUUCUGCUCCUUGGGACAGAGUUGUAGAUCUCUGUAGAAAUGUAAAAGAAAGAAUAACAAGGGAAUGCAAAGAGAAGGGUGUUCAGUUUGCUCCUCUUUCUACAUGCAGGGUGACGCAGACUUAUGAUGCAGGUGCAUGUAUCUAUUUCUACUUUGCCUUUAACUACAGAGGAAUAAGUGACCCACUGACUGUUUUUGAACAAACUGAGGCAGCUGCUAGAGAAGAAAUCCUCGCCAAUGGAGGGAGCCUGUCACAUCACCACGGAGUGGGCAAGUUACGGAAGCAAUGGCUAAAGGAAAGUAUCUCUGAUGUCGGCUUUGGGAUGCUGAAAUCUGUCAAGGAAUAUGUGGACCCCAAUAACAUCUUUGGAAACAGAAACCUUUUAUAAAUACAUUACUAUUGUUAUGAAGAAAUGUUACUUUUUAAAAAAAAAAAAAGUCUUCGACUUUGUUAUAUCAGUAAUCAUUUAUAUCAUGACUGUAUUUUGGCUAUAUUUGUUAGUUGAUUUAACAUGUUUGUUUCAUUCUGUAGUUUGUUUUGUUUAUACAUUUAUCAGUUAACAGAUGGUAUUCCUAAAUCUCUCUCAUUGUAGGUAUAUCGGUUUACAGCCAACUGGUUGUCAUUUCAAAUUUUAGUCAGGCUGCACAAGGCUGCCAGUUGUUAUUUCAGAGGAAGAUGCUGCCAGCUGUUUUGUAUUGAUACUUCCUCUUGGGAACAAAGGCAGAUUUUGGUGUCAUCUAUUGCUUAUCAAGUCUCUUUUUAAAAGAAUGUUUCUGGGAAGCAGAUAUCUAGAGGAGGAUUUCACUGAAGAGUGAUAGACAUGUAUGUUUUUUUAAGAUUGCAUUCUAGUGUGAGUAGGCUGUUAAGAGGAUUACUCAUGAAACAGUGUAGGCAGCCUGUUAUUUAGGAUGCUUUCAGUCAUGUAAGGUGCUUGGCCUACCUUUUCUUUUGAAAUUAAUACACAGUUAUAAAAAAAACCUCAAAUCAUCAGUAUACAAAUUAUUCUGUUACGGGACACAUUUUUGUUCUCCAUGUUUCAGUUUCUAUUCAAGUAUGAGUUGUAUUUGUAUCACCGAGAUAACCUAUUGUUGCCAUACUAUGUUUUAUAAGAAAAGCUGACUUAUCACUCAUUGUAUGGGAAGAACAGGUUUACCAGGAAAUGAAUGCCUUUAUUCACACACACAAUUCUAAUGUUUCUGCUUUCCCAUUCUUGUUGCUGAGCGGCAGAAGAAGCUGCAACAGGAGAGAAGAAGGAAGGCUCCUUACACUUAAUGUCUCCAGUUCAAAGAAUUGUUUGGCUAAAAGAACAGUUUCAAUGAUAAUUUUUUUUUAAAUUAACCCAAACAAUAUGAUAAAUUUUUAUAUAAAAGUAAAGUUUCAAUUUAGUUUUUAAUAAUGGUUUAAUGCCUUUUUUGAAUUACUGGUUUAACCUAAAUUUUAAAAAACUGUAAUGUAUUACUACACGUAGCAUAAUCAGAAGUUUGAGAUAUCAUAUUUCUUAAAUUGUAGGGAGAAUAUUAAUUACAUUUAGCAAACAUUUUUACAUUGAAACCUGGAUAUUAAAAUAAGUGAAACAAUUACUUUGAAUCACUGUCUGUCAAGGUUCAUGAUUCACAUUUGAGAUGGAUUCUUUUCCUAAUGUAAUGCCUAACUUUUGAUAAUUUUUUAAAAUUAAUAUUUGUUCAAAUAAUGUAAGUCAAAAUGCAGAUGAUCCUGUAAAAGGACACACUAUCUAUGUAGCAACAGCUCCAAAGUAUUUUUGGGCAGUUUGAUAUGUUUCGUAUCUGAAGUAGCCUUAACCAGAAAAGUAAAAAUUUUAAAUCGACAAAAUGAUAUUUUUAAAACUUCAAAAUGAUAAUUUUAACUAAUAAAAUUGGCCUCAAACUAAUAAACUUAAAUCUGUAAGCAAAUCAAAAUUAAGUAUGUUUAACAACAAAAACUAAGUAUUGAUUUAUUCAUUGGUGUUUCAUUUUUAAUUAUAAAAUUUCUAGCAGACCUUUGCUUAAAGCCUUUGAUAUUUGACAUAAUUGGAUGCCUGAUGAAGAAAUUACACUUGCCUCUAGAAUUAUAAAAAUCUCAGCUUCAUAAAAUGUAUCUAUCCAUGAAGAUAAUUUCUCUAAUUGGUGAUCAAAAUGUAAAAUUUAAUAUGGUACUAACACCUCACUGGAGUGUAUACAUGUUUCUGAGUAAUUUUUAAAAAAUAAAACUUACAGAUUCAUAAGCAGAUUUAUUUUUUUGCAUGUGAUUGUUAUAACAUUCUUUCCCAGGGAGUUCAGAUUUCAACAGCUUCCGAAAUUAAUAUUUGAUAUUAGGAAACUAUAAAUGUAACACCUGAAAUUGUUGUGUUCACUCUUCUACAUGAACCUUGUGGAAAUUAGUGUUUUGUGUCUUUAUUUUUCUUCUCCCACGUAUGCAGGACUCCCCAAUCUUGAUUUUAUAGUGAUGAAUACAUUUCGUAUUUAGAAUCAUUUCUACAGGGAUCAUUUUAAACACAUGAACACUCAUCAGUGCUAUUUCGCUCUGAAAGCCUUUCCCCCGCUUUCACCACCUGCUUCUGAGAGGUACCUAGGCAUAUUCUUAGUGUCUGUGAGCUGAGUUCUUGAAUAUGCACAGAAGCACUUAACCUUGCCUCGUAUUUCUGAAAUAGCUGAAAAUGGCCUCAUAAAAGUAAAAGCUUGGAGAACAUUGUUUAUGUGAGACUUCUUAACAAUUUCAAAUACGUUUAUUUAAAAUUUUAAAAUGUGGUAGCCUAUUUGGUUUUCAGUACUGCAUAACACUGACUCGUCUUUCUUAAAGUAGUCAUAUUUCUAAUAUUUUAUUUGAUACCACAUUUGGGUUGGGGUUUUAGUGAGAAUGGGAACUUGCUGCUAGUGAGAAAUGGCAUUGAUUACUAAAAACUCAGUAUAAACAGGCUUUAUAGACCCUUAGAGUAACUGUUGCCUUAAUGUUUGGUGCAAUUUACAGUGCAUAAAUGAAUUUAGUCUUAUGCUGAGUAACUUCAGCUUUUUUAGUAAAAAUUGUAAAAGCCACAUGUUUACUGUACCCAUUAUUUUACUACAAAGAGGAUUAAAUUCUUUCCUCUUCUGAGAAGUUGAGAGUUUUCUUCCUAAAUGCUUACAUAUUAUAGUACUGUUACUUAAAAGUUAUUUGCGAUGCUGGAAGCCUUCUAGUAUGCAUAGUUGUGUUGAUGUUUUUUGGAAAACUAAAGUGCAGUAAAGGAUGAGCUUCCAUCAGUGUGUGUGUACUGUACCAGAUACAGAUGGUCACAAGGAAACCUCUUUUUCAGAAUAUUCUCUUAGUAACUACUAACUUCUAGCUUGCAGUUUUGAAAAUGUCUUCCUGAAUCUUAGCUCCAGAGAUUUUCCUUUGUUAUAUUCUUUUACAACUACGGCUUCUUAACUAUAGUGAUCAGAGAAGCCCUAAAAUCCCAAGCUGAAGCAUAUGACCUCUGGGCUUGGUUUGUUGAGCAUCCAUUCUAUAUAAAUAUAGACUACAAAUGGUUAUUUAUUAUGGAUUGAUUGAUUCACAAACUGCAUGUGCUGGUGCUUGAGGCAGCCAAAAUAGAAUGCUGUGGAAAGCAUAUCUACAUUUUAAGAAACACUAAUACAAGAGUUAAAGACAGCUUUAAUAGCUUUUUGUUUACCACUUACUGUUUAGCAACUUUGAUUUUAAUUAGAGUUUAGCCUAUAGUGAGAGAAAAGCUGAAGAUAACAAAUGCCAGUUUAGGAUUGAAAAUCCAGAACUGCUUUUGGCUUUAUAAGUUGUGGAGACUUGGCUUUGCUCAAGGCUUUCUGUUCCCAGAUGAGCCACAUGUCAAUAUAUUCAUUUAAUUCUUAUUAAUUUCAGUUUCCUAAAAGGGAAACAACAUAUUUUGAUGCUAAAAUCCAGAAAGUAUAAAAGAUUUUUUUUUACUAUGGAAAUGUGUCUGAUAUGAAGGAUGUAAGCUACUCAGCUUUCUGCUCCUUAAGCCAAACAGUGUCUCAAACAGUGUCUUCAGUGUAAAAUUUAUCUGUAUAACUACUUGUAAAGUCAGCAGGUUAUAGAAACUUAUAUUAUUAAUAAAAUGGACCUGAGUCUAAGAGUUUUUUUUCUUCAAGGGGAAUAUGAAGCUGUUCGUUUUUCUGUUUGCAUAUGAGUUUCUCUUUCAAUUUUAGUUUUUCAUCUUCAUAUUUUCACUGAUUUGCAAACAAAACUUUUAUAAUUUUAUUAUUGAAGCAUAAUCAAGUAUAACCUAAAUAUAACUAAAUCUCUUUGGAUUUAUAGCUGAGUAUAUUAUUAACUGGGUUUUAUCACUCGAAUUAUUUUUUAAAUCAAGAUUAUAUCCAUAGGAGGUGUUUGGUCUCCUGUGAACCUAAAGCAGUCCCAUUUGAACCUUGGAAGGUCCUCAAAGAAAGAGCUCUCUUGUGGUCUUCUAACCACAACAAAUCCUUAACAAACGUGCAUAAGGACCACUGAUAUAUAUCAUAGUCACUCAUGCCAAAGAACCAUCGCAGAAUUAAGUAACUUUAGUUCUGUGACCAUGACAGUCUCCUUUUUUGGUUCUCAUAGGAGAUUAUUUUCUACUUUUUUUUUUCCCACAAAGAAAAAAAAGAAUACAUUAAGUAUCAUUAAGAACAUUUUUUAAAGACAACUUUCAAAUCUGAGAGAAGGAAAAAAAAUGUUUUAGUGUGGAUUUCUAAGCAGCAUAUAUUUGUUUUUAAGGCAUCUUAUUGUUGGCAGUGUUUUUUAUGAACAACAUGAGAAUCCUAUAAAACAUGUUGUUUAACCCUUAAAGAAAUCUUGUUCACAUAUCUGAAAAGACAUGAAAUCCUUGUACUGGUGAUAUACAGUUUCUAUGAAUAAUUAUCUUUUGAGCUACUUAAAGAAUAUCCCCAAAAGAUCACAGUGCCUUGUUGGGAUUUUUUUUUUUUUUUUCAUGAAAUAGCCAUUAUUUAAAAUGAGUAGGAGAGGAUAUAGUCUUUACAGACAGUUUGUUUAGUUCGACAGUUCAAGGCUAUUCCUCUUCAACAACAUGUCAGGAAUUAAGUAGCUGUAUGUAGAAACACUGGAAAUCCUUUCUACAGUGUUGGUUUGGAUCACCAGUUCUAACAUAUUUAACUUCUACUCCCAUAUACAUCUGUCUAUUCAGCCAGUGGGAUUUAUGUGUACUUUCAUACUUUUUCAUUCCUACUGUUCCAUCUUAGUAGCCCUAAGGUGUGGAUCAGUGGGUGUGUCAUCCUAAUUCCUUGAGACACCCACUAUGUGCUUUUGGAUGUUUGCUCACACAGCUCCCUGAGGAGCAGAGCCUGUGUGGGGGGUUUCUAUUCCUUAUGUGGUGUGUUAGUCCUUUUUGUGUGAUGGUGCCUUCAGAAUAAUGAAUAUUUCUGUUCCUGGACAAUGAUAAAUCUUAUGAGAAAUAUGUGUAGGUUAUAUUUCUUAAUUUUUGUCCUUUUUUGCUAAGCCUGUGAAAUUUUUUGGCUCUGAUACAACUUGACUUGAAUAAUAUCCCGAGUCUUCCUCCAAGGCAGUGCAUAUUCCUGCCAGUACUGUAGUAAUCUUUUGAGAACUACAUGUGGGUAGGCACUUGUAUGUAAGCCAUUAUACUGCUGUAACUAAUGCAUACAAACAAUUCUUCUCUUUACAUUUAUAGUAGAAAAGUGGAUAUGUAGUAGGAAGGAAAAUUCCUGAGAGAUUCCAGGAUAGCUUUGUCAAUUCAGACUGAGCCAUACUGUUUUCCAAAAGGGCUCAACACGUUGUCUAUAUAUUGUGCUUUCAGUGUAUGUUUGGAUUCUCCUGUUAUUGCUUUUCCUAGACUAUACUGUUCUAUAAGCAAAUGCCGAUGUGUGGUUUUUAUGAUGUGCUGGGGAAAAAAUAAAACAAUACCAAAACCA